ACUGGGAGAAACCGGACAAUUAUUAUACUACUGUUAUAGUACACUGCCUCCGCUGUGUUGUGUUUUUAAAGUCAGCUUCAAGGCUUCAAUUCGGGGGGGGAGCAAGCUAGGUAGCUAACCACUAGCUGGCUAGCCAUAGCAUUGGGAGGCGGUGGGUGCCAUAGCAACCGUUGAGGAAACAUUGACCGUGGUGGCUAACUUCAGGCUAACGUUGGUUUGUUAUGCUAGCGUUAAACAAGACGCCGUAGAAACGCGAAUGUACAAUUUAGCGUUAGUCAGCCAAGUGAUGUCACAAGUCAGCGUUGUAUAACGUUACUUGGCGUCAUCGCCCCUGUUACUUAAUUUUGCUCCAUGCUUUUUAGUAAGCUGUCGAGGGCAGUAAAGUGUUGGAGCUAGUGCUCGGUGUGGCUAACCUGGCUAACGUAUUCAGCUUGAACUAGUAUGGAUGUUGAGGACUGCAAUGGCCGGUCUUACAUAUCAGCUAGUGGAGACUCUUCAAUGGAAAGAGAGUUUUCUGGGGCCCUUGGAGGUCCAACAGUGAGCACCCCAAACAGCAAGGAGACCUCUCCUAGUCGCUCCCUCAGUGCCAACUCCAUUAAAGUUGAGCUGUACAGUGAUGAAGACCCAGGUCGCAGUACUGAAGAUGAAAGAGGGGAGCGGGUAGAGGAAGGGGGUCCAGAACAGGGAUCUGAGGCUGUCGGAGUCUACAGGGAGCCCACCAAUCCUGACAUCAUGCCAACAGGAGCCACCAGAAUGCCAAAUGGGAAGCUCAAGUGUGACAUCUGUGGAAUGAUCUGCAUUGGACCUAAUGUUCUCAUGGUGCACAAACGCAGCCAUACAGGUGAGCGACCAUUCCAGUGUAAUCAGUGUGGUGCCUCCUUCACUCAAAAGGGUAACCUGCUCCGCCACAUAAAGCUGCACUCAGGGGAGAAGCCCUUUAAAUGUCCCUUCUGCAGCUAUGCCUGUCGAAGAAGAGAUGCGCUUACUGGCCACCUUCGCACUCAUGCAGUGUCCUCUCCAACCGUUGGGAAGCCGUAUAAGUGCAGUUAUUGUGGCCGUAGUUACAAGCAGCAGAGCACCCUGGAGGAGCACCGGGAGCGCUGCCACAGCUACUUGCAGAGUCUGGAGUCGCAGCAGCCAUCCAGUGCACAGAAUCCAGGAGAGGAGAUGAGAGAGCUAGAGUUUAUACCAGACUCUCUACUGCAGCCAUCCUCAGACAAGAUGGCAUUUAUCGAUCGGCUCGCCAACAGCAUCACCAAACGCAAGAGAUCCACACCACAAAAAUUUGUAGGACAGAAGCACAUACGCCUCAACCUUGCAGACGCACCUUAUGAGCUCAGCACUGGUUUGGAUAAAGACAGGGAGAUGCACGCAGGGGACCUUGAAUCCCCGCACUUUACUGGUCUGGGAGGUGAAUACGCCGGUGUAGCAGGUAAUGGAGGAGGCGGGGUAUCAGACACACUGAGACCUGUACACCUUUCUCACCCUUCAUGUUUAUCAGAACUCAGGCCCAUCCACAGCUCCAUUCACACCCCUGUCGCUCUGGGCCCGAGGCUGGAUUGUACAGGGACUGGAGCUGGGCUGGGAGCUGCAGGUGCAGGGGGGAGAGAGGCAGCAGAGGGUCAUGAAGACCUGCCUGCUGGACGAAGUCACGCACCAUCACCUAGCAACGGUUGCCAGGACUCUACAGACACAGAGAGCAUGCCAGACGAGCCGUGCAACAGCACUGCUCCGACUCUGCACAGUAACAAUGGCCAUCAUCUUCUCCACUCCAACAACCAUCACACGGCGCCUCCUCCCAUUGCACACCACAGGAGUCGGGACAGACACAGUCCCAGUCACGCCAAAGACAGGGAGGUGGAAAGAGAAGAUGGAGGCCACUCUGGAGCCCUCCCACCUCCUGCCCUCGCGGCAACUCCCAGCUCACCUACAGCGCCCUCCUCCACCUCUAGGGAGGCUUUUCGGGUUGUAGACGGGGAGGGGCGAGCUGUGCGCUCUUUUCGUUGCGAGCACUGUCGUGUGCUUUUCCUGGACCAUGUCAUGUUUACCAUCCACAUGGGCUGCCACGGUUUCCGCCAGCCUUUUGAGUGUAACAUCUGUGGCCACCGCAGCCAAGACCGCUAUGAAUUUUCUUCACACAUCGUCCGUGGGGAGCACAUCCUCGACUGAGGAUAAAGGGUGGACAACCUGCUUCACCUAGAGCUAUUUUUACACUGAGACAAGGACCUGGCUGGGUUUGGUCUGCACAUGAGCUAAGGGAGACACCGAUGAUAUGAAACAGGCAAUGGUACAGUUAACAUGUACCAACAUGAAUGAGAAGCUCAUACUUGUGUUUCUCCAAUUAUAACAGUGGUCCUUGUUAUUUUCAAUGCACUUUGAACAAUGAAUCCAUUUAAAAUGCUCUUUUAAUCAAAUGUAUUCUAAAGUAGAUUGAGAGCCAAUGCACUUUUUUAUCCGCAGAUGUGCCUUGCUCCAAAAUUCAGGAUUCAAACCUGAUGCACAAAUUGUGGUAGACAAAUCUGACUUUUGUCCAUAACCUGUAAACCUUCCCAUCUUGUGCACUUUAACAGAGAAAAUGUAAAAAACGUAAUGUGAAGUUUACAGGCGUACCUACAGUGGAGUCUGUAGAGGUUUUAAUGCCUUGUUCUAAAAGCAUUAAUUCAGUGAAAAGGUUACCUAACAAACAAUGUUGUUUUCCAACUUGGGGUUGAUUCUGUACAAUAGUUUGAAGUGAAGUGCAGACCAAACUCAGAGACCAGGUCCAAGUCGAAUAGAUCUGUUUGAGGGGUUGUCCGUGAAUUAGAACUGCACUUUUGUUUUUAACGGGGUGGGAUGGACAGAUCUCUCUCGUGUGUGUGUGUGUGUGUGUGUGUGUGUGUGUGUGUGUGUGUGUGUGUGUGUGUGUGUGUGUGUGUGUGUGUGUGUGUGUGUGUGUGUGUGUGUGUGUGUGUGUGUGUGUGUGUGUGUGUGUGUCUCUGUUUUUUUGGAAGUAAAUUGAAUAAGUAAAGUGGAAAAUGAAGGCCUUUGUGUGAAUGCCCAUGUGGGGCAAUGUAUGAGAUAUUUGUUUUUCUUUCCUAUGACUGCUUUUGUUGCACUGAUACCUGCCAGAAUACUAUGAUUAUAUUAAACUAUUUUAUGGAAUACAUUAAUGACCUGCACAUUUCUGUCAAAAUGUGAGAAAAUGUUUUUCUCACUAGGAAAGGAGUACGAGUAUCACUGCCACAGUUAGUGAAAGAAUACUAAGUGGUUAGGGUCUUUAAGAGUCUUUAACAUUUUCCCUUUCAUUACUACAUCAAACUGCAAACCAACACUAAUCUAUUUAUGCUAUAUUUAAAAAAAAUAUUUUGGUGUUCUAUCUCAUCGUAUUGUGCCUUUCUUCACCCUGAUCACACCUCGUUGACCAGACUGAAGGACAUGAACUACCAACGGUCAUAUUUUGAAAAAUUGUGGGUGAUUUUAGAGAUACAAAAUAAUUUACUUAGUAAAGUUUUUCAGACACUAUAAAGUCUCUGGCUUAUAGCUUUGCACAAUCUUUAUUUCCUCCUAUUUAACAAAAUUAGGAUUGAUUUUCCUUAAUGUGUUAGCAAAGAACCAAUUCUGCUAAUUUAUCAAAGACUAAAUGUGCAUGGCAUUUGGCACAUGCUGCUAUGACAUGAAUGAGUGCAGUGUGGAGUGGCAGUUUACUUCCGUCCUCACAGGUGAAAUCCAAAAAAAAGAUGUUUUAUUUUAUUUGAACACAUUUGAGUCCACAGAGUCACUAAUGUGACAGUAGAGUGAAACAUGUUUAUUUCAAAAUCGGUUUUGUCAGGUGUGAUUUGUGAUAAAUUCUUCUGUCUUGGUUAUAUGGUGCCGAUAUGAAAUGUAUGUCGAGAGAAAUGUGUGAGUUAAAGGAACGCUGUCAGCUCUUGAUUCUGUCUGUUUACAUGUUAAAACAAUAGAGACAGUCUCUCCACGUCAACAUCUGACUUCAAACACUUUAAGCACAAUCAGUUAUACUGUCCAGCGGGCUAACUUGUUAAAUUAAGAUUACAGAAUUGGAUGAAUAGGACAUUUGUAGAUGAGAUGUGUAUCCAUGUACGCCAUUAUAAAUAGCCACAAAAGCCAAAAAUGCUAGAAAAAUACUAACAAUAGUCAAAAUCAUCAGCUGACUUGACCCAUUGACUUUUGUACAGUGCAGAUUGCUUAUUGAACAAGUCCCUAUGUGUAUCAAAGCUGGUAUUUUCACAUUAUUUCAUAAAAGUUUAGAUUUUUUCAGCAUCAACAAAUGUUGCUUUUCAGAAGUCUUUUGCAGGCUGAACAGAAACCACUGAAGCAUUCACGGCUUAAAAUGGAUAUUUGAGGUGAUUUUAGUGUUGUGAAUGGUUCCCCUGGUUCUGUAUACUGAACUCUAUCUUGUGUGGAAUCUCACAUUUAAAUUGGUGGUCUAGAUGUGCAGAUGCUCUGAAAUACUGUUUUUAUGAGAAGGAAUAAAAAAGUACUUGGUUUUCAUAUUAAUUUUAGAUCACCGUGAGUGUGGUUCUGUAUAGCACCAAAUAAUGGUUCCCCCAUGGUUGAGCCAAAGAACCAGUACCACCUGUUGUUAAGCACUUUUCCCUAUUGCAGUGGCAAAAUUAAGUUAAACUAAUAUAUUUGUACAUGCAGUUUGAAUUAGGAAGAUGCUUCAAGGUAAUAUUUCCCUGUUCAUUGCUGUCAGUAAAUCCUUGUAGAUGUUGAAAUGACCCUUUUUUCCAGGGGUUAUCUCCCUCUUUGUAGAAGACAUUUAGAAAAGAUCACGAAGGGUUUCCCCUAUUGUUUUAAUAAUUUCUAUAUAAAUUCUACAUUUGUUAAAUAAAAGGUUAGAAAAUUGGCUUUGGUGCACAUUGCUGUAUGAGAUUUAAAUGAGAAAGAGUAACCUGUAGAGACAAUGCACUGUGGUGAUUUUCUCACCAGUAUAGAAACACAAAACUUAAAUUGGUGGAUUUUUCUCUUCCAAAGUUGGUUUCAUUUAAAAAUCAAAUUAUCUUGCCUUAAUAUAAGAAUAGAGACUGUUAGGCCAUGUUGGGACAGACAUUUGUUGUUAAAUUAUCAAACAUGUCACACAAUCUUGAAUUGUAGUUUCCUGCAAACUGAUCUAGAAAACAUUGACAGUGUGACGUCAAUGAAAAUGAUUAGACACCAAAGUUGUCAUGACCAGUCGAUUACAUCUUACUUCAUUGUGUAUAUUCUGAUUUGGGCAACAACUUGUAUCUUCACAAGAGCCCCGGUGUGAUUUCAGUGUAGUAGACUACUAUUGUGCCUUUGGCUUGAAGUCUUUCCUGCAUUUCUUUCUCUCAAGUUAAAAUUCUCACAUUUGAAGUGUAAAGUUUGGUUUGUCAGUUGUUAAUCCUGUGGUGCAAAUACUGCACAUCACGAAAGGCAUAUUAUUUUUUUUUCCCAGCAGCUGUGGAUUAUAGCUAAAAUCAGAACCAGUUAUCAUUGUUACAACCAGUUGACCAAUAGAUCCACCAAAAGAACAACAGGACUUUGGUAACGCUGAUUGCUAGGAGCCAAAGAAACAACUAUACAAUGUGUAUAAUUUCCUGUAGACCCGAACACUCAGCUAUUUGUUUCUCCUCAAGUGUGACAUUGUAAAAAUGUGGUAAAGCAGCUCAGACUCCAGUCCACAGUCCACGAGCUAGCUGAUCUUCUUCAAAAUCUGUAUUUUUUAGCUUAUAGUUCUUUAUCAAAGUGCGAACAAAUUCCCCAUCUGGGAAGAUUCAGCCCUCUUUCCCACUCACAAGUUGAGUUUAGCUGCAGAUUUUUUUCGUUUGUGCAACACUAGACAGUAAUGUGCUUCUAACCCUGAUGCAUGUCAUACCAAUGCUGUUUGCUCAACCUGCACCCAGACAUCUUUCCGUUUUAGUCAUAAGGACAACCAAAUAAACUUUCUACUCCAAUUCAAGACUACAUUUUAGAAAACUCCAGUUCUGUGUUCAAAUGUUUUCCUUGUUACACUGUUUGUUCCCUUCAGUUUUAUGAUCUUUGUUAACCUCCCCCACUCCUGUAAAUGGUCUGAUAUCGCUUUAAAUAACUGCAGAGCCUUUUUAAAUGUAUCAUAUGUAAUUAUGCAUUUGCGUAAUUCGAACUUAAACUACUGUAAGUUUUGUACUGUAAGAAAGUCUAUUCCAAAUAAAAUACUUGACAGGCCUGUCUUUCCUAAAACUA